GGGCGCAGAGCACAGCUCGCCAGAACACGCAGACUCGAAGAUCUGGGCAGUGUGGCUUACCAGGGCUUAUCAGGGCCUGCACAGGUUGCCAGCACAGCAGCUGAUUGGCAUCGAUGGCGGACAGCAGCAGCGGCGACGGCGCAGAAGAAUCUAGAGAAGAGCUAAAUCAGCGGCUGCACGACGCCGCCGAGGCGGGCGACGUCGUAAAACUACGCUUAGCGAUCGCCGCGGGUGCCGACGUUGACGCCUUAACGAAAAGGGGCCAUCUCAAGAUGACGGCCCUUUGCUCCGUCGUCCGUGCCACUCGGGUGAAACAUAAUCGAGCCGUGAAAGGGAGGACGGCCUGCGUUCGGGCACUCCUCGAUGCGGGGGCGUCGGCGUCCGCGGCCGUAGUAUUCUUCGACUCUGGUGACAGUUCGGACUCUGAGGAGGAACAGUUCGGAUGGACGGCGAUGCACGAUGCCGUAUGUUCAGGACUUAACACAAUCUGUAGACUGCUAUUGGACGCCGGUGCGGCUUUGAACACGCGCGAUUUUGAUGAUACAACGCCGCUUCAAUAUGCCGCAGGAAACGGGCACCACAGAACUGCCGUUCUGUUGCUCUCGCGAGGGGCCGUAGCAGAGGAGGGGAAGUACGAUCAAUUUCUCCAAUUUUCUCCAGGGUACCUCUCGAGAAUCGAGCGAGCGGGCAGCUUCGCAAACUACCAGAAGCAGCAGUGCAAAAAACUCACGGCGAUGCUCGCGCCGAAGAUGGACCACUUGCUGCCUCCGGAGCUCGUGUCCCACGUCAUCACGUUCUGGGGCCAUCUCGGGUGGAAGUGACGCGGCCGCGGCGCGCGUAAGGUGACGCCGUCGCCGCGGCCGCGCGUUGUGCCCGCGCGAGACAGCAUCGCGAGACAUUGCCGCCCGCGCAGUGUGUAGAGUGUGUAAAAACUAAGCAAUUUAAAAUGCGGCGGGCAGGUCCGAAGGGGACCCACGCGCGUCCUCCACCAGGACCU